AUGUGUGUGUCGAGGUGUCUACAGUGUGUGGGCAUGUCUCUGGUUCCCAUGGCAAUCAUCUGCAUGUUGUCCAACAUCCUGCUGCUGUUUCCUGAGCUGAAGACCAACUUCCUGUUGGAGGGUCAUGUGACCAGGGAGGCCACAUGGGCCACAGGCCUCUGGGCGUCAGGCUUUCUGGUUCUUCUCGGAGCGCGAGCGUCUGUUCGCAGCAGCGGCGCCAGAGGCUGCUGCGCAUUCAGGCGUCAGAUGUUGUGUCAGGUGCUGAGCUCCAGCGGGUGUCUGGUGGCCGCCGGCGGCUGUUGUCUGGUCAGUGUCACCGGCCUCAUCCAGGGGCCUCUCUGUCUCUACAGCACCCCCACUGGCCCCAUGUGGGGGGUCCCACUGAGGCCCCUCCAUGACUGUCAAUCAAGUUACCUGUACAACGCCACCCUGUGGUCAGGAGUGUGUCUGCAGCCUCGUGCUGUGGUUCAGUGGAAUGUGGUUCUGUUCAGUGUGAUGGGGGGGGCGAGCGGGCUGCAGACCCUCCUCUGUGCAGCGAACGUCCUGAACUCAGUGCUGGGCCUGCUGCUGGGACCAGGUCUCCAUGGCAACAAGGUCAGUCCAGUCUCAGUUUAAGACGCCCCCUGGUGGAUCCUGAAUGAGGACAACAUUCAACACUUCAUGAUAUCAAGUUAUAAAAUCUUAGAAAUGGGUUGAAAUCGUUGAGCUUGAAAAUGAGUUUUAUUUUGAAAAGCACUGAAGCACUUUGGAUAAAAUAAGACUUAAAGAUAAAUAAUGUCAAUUAUUAUUA